AUGGCCGAAAGCAGUGUAUCAAAGAGAAAAAGAACAGAAAAUACAUCAGUGGAACAGUGCGAUAUAUAUUUGGAGCACAUAGAAGGCGACUAUAUAUUUAGAAGCGGGGUAAUAAAUCCAACAGUGGAACCAAAAUACAUAGAGAAUAAGUGGAAAAAACUUACAAUAGAAUUAAAUUCUUUAGGAAAGGGGCCUGUAUUGACAAAGGAAGCAUGGCAAAAGAGAUUCAAGGAUUGAAAAAACUCGACAAGAGCUAAGUACAGAAAAUUAGUAGAAUGUAGAAUGGCAACUGGUGGUGGACUUGGGGAAAAAAUUGAUAUGACGGAACAAGAAGAAAGAGGUUUGACUGUGUGGGGAAAAGUAGCUGUAACAGGUACUCCUCUUGUGGCGAUAACUGGCGGGUUACCUUCAACAUCAAGUGCUUGUACUUCUACAAUUUCUGCUGCCCCUGAUUAUGCACAUGAACCAGAAUCAACUUUUGAGGAAAUUCUAAUUAUAGCAGAUUUUGACAGUGAGGCAGUACAUGAGAGUGUUGACAUGCCAGUUAUGAAUAAUAGUCACCACACUAAAACAGAAAAUGUGCCCACACCUCGGCCCAUAAUUAAUUCAACACCAAGGCGGAAACAAGCCAAGGCAAAACCAACUUUAACUGUUGCAGCUGAUAAAUUAAAAGCAGCUUACGAAAAUAAUACACAGACAUUGCAAGCUGUAAGCAAUGAAAUUGGAAAAUUUGUAGAGGUAUACAAGCUUGUUAAGUUAGAAGAAUGCAA